UACAUCCCUACGCAUCCCAACCACAAACGCCAUAUUGGUCAUAAUAGAUUAUGGCGUAGUGGAUUGUGUUUUGAAUUGGCAAUCUGUGAUUAUUCCGUUUCUCGUUUUAAUCACUUUGUAUACAUAACAGGUUGGCCUCCACUGUAAAAAAGAGGGUCUGGUCAGUCAACCAUAUGACUAAGACGAAGGCUUUGGCCUGGGGUUGUGUGGGGAAGACAUGAAUGGGACGGGUCCAGGAGCCUGUGCGGGUCGAAGUUCCAAGGAGGAUACCAACCACACCCUUGAUUCAAACUCCAGUUCAAGCGGUACUGAUUCAACAUCAGGAUCAUCAGACAGUGAAUACAGCUCGUCAGAUAAAGAAUUCUCAAUUCAAGCUACAAAUUAUUCAAGAGGACAAUUAAAACUCAAGAUUUCAGCUCGAAGAAAAAGUUCAACAUCACCAACAUCUCCAUCUGCAGAUGAAGAAGAGGACAACAUCUUAUCCACAGAACUAAGUGACAGUUCAGAGGAGGAUUCAGAGUUGCCCAGUAAGGAUACUGAGCAAGCGUCAAGAACCGCCAGUGUGCAGUAUGUCAGGAAAACUCGGUGUCCGAAGACGUCAGCCUCAUCUACAAACACAGAAAGUGAUGAUGUUUUUCAUAACAAGGAUCCAGGAAAGCAGUUAGAUAACAUUGGAUCCAAAUCAAAUCUCAAUACAAACACCAGUAUAGGCGUGAAAAAGAAAACAAACAACCAUGAAAAAGAUCACCGUCAGAUUUCUCCUUUAAACCAAUCUGCAGAAGUUUAUGAGGGUAGUAAGGUAAAUCCAAGUGGCAAAGCUACCAAAGGAAAGUCCCCCUCAGUGACGGAUCAAAGUAAAAAAUCAAAUUCAAAAUCUUUGAGUAAGAAAUCAUCAAAGUGUGGCACAGCUGAUUUUACUCAGUUGAAGAAAACCUUGACAGAGCAAAUGGCUGCUAAGGAAACUGACAAACAAACCAGAGCACCAACACCAAUAGAAAAAAGAAAUAUUGGUGAUACAGAUGUAGAAAAAAUGAAAAGUUGUGACAAAAAUGAAUCAACUGGAAAUGUUGAUUUGAAUACCUGUGAUAAGGAUUCUCAAAAUAGUGAAAUUAGAAGUGACAUGACUUCAGAAAUGAAAACUUCAAAUGUGCAAGAGACCAACAACACUGGCGAUUCCCCAGAAAGGGACUGCCUAGACAACAAACAACAUGAUAACAUAUUUGAAAGAAUGACAGCAUUUGGAGGUCUUCCCCCUAAUGAAGUGGGGAAUAUUGAUAAAUGUGAAACUUCAACAAAACCAAUCAAAAAGAGAGUUAAACCUGGCCGAGCAGGUCGACCUCCUAAAAAUAAGUCCCAGUCAUUAGUGAACAAUGAUCGAACUCAAGUCGUGCCUUCUCGAGACAUUGACAACAAAACAAACUGUAGUGAGUCUGAGGAUAAGGAAACUAGGUGCAAUAUGGAUGAUUAUGAAUCUCAGUUGGUGGGAUCUAGACCUUGUGCUUCUGAUGUCAGUGAUAACUUGUUAAGACUGGAUAACAUGGCAUCAAAUGUGUCGCCAGACAGUGGUAUUCAUGAUCAAUCCAUCGCAGGUUCUCCAGUGGGGAAUGAAUCGCCUAAUUCUGGGACAUUGUCGGACACUGGUUCACAUAAUAAUCAGCAUGUGUUACAAGAGCCAUUGUGUAUUCCCACAUCGGUGAUAAUGUCCACGGGUAUGUCAUCUGCAUCAUCUACCAUAUCUGAAGUUCAGUCUUCCAAAAGUUUAUCAUGUGGAGCUGACUCGUUAACAUUACAUAGAACUGAAAGUGUUCAUUCAUCCUUACAAUCGAAAUCCCCAAAUUUAGGAAAUACAUUAGGUGUCACAAUCCACCAUAAAUCCUUGUCGCCAUCACGGCCACACCAGAUGUCCGACACAUCUAAGGUGAUGGACACAAGUGGCUGUGACAGUGAGACCAGUGACACUCAUGUUUUUAGUGAUGUUCAUGUUUUCAAUACAUAUAGUCCCAGUCAUUCUUCAUCGUCACCGUCACCUGGCAAGAAAAAGCAAAGGGUUGGUAGGCUUCCUAAGAAGCAUGAGUUUUUAAGGAAACACAAAAGCAGCAAUCUCCUAAAGACUGGUCAAAUGCCUACUCGGAUAGAGAACUCUAGUCCUUCAUCACAGAUCCUAGAUUUUGAUGGAAGACUUGGCUCAGUGGCUUCCGUGUAUGAUGUGACUAAUCUGGAUGUUUCUCCUGAGAAUCCUGGUCUUUCUGCACGGAAAAAGAUUAAGUUAGAUAAUCCUACAAAAAUAGUGAAAAAGAGAUUAAAUAAAAGUUUAAGCAAAGAGACAAUACCUGCAAAAAAUGAGAUUAAAAAGAAAAGGGGUCCAGGUAGACCACCAGGACGACCCCCUGGAAGACCACCCUUAAAUAAGAAUUUGCAUGUGACAAGUACUACUAUCAAGAAGCGUGGCCCUGGAAGGCCACCAGGUACAGGGAGGCCCAUAGUGAAAGUUAAACGUGGUCCAGGCAGACCACCAAAACCUAAGGAUGGUAAUGUGCAGGUUGAAAAACGAAGUCCAGGUCGGCCUAAGGGCUCAAAGAACAUAAAGAAAAAUACAGAAAACACCACAUUGUUGAAUGUUAAAUCUACUGAAGUUCAAAAUCAUUUUCAUCACGCUGCGGCAGCUACAAGUCAUACAUUAUCAAGUGUAUCUAACCAGAGUUCUGUUCCUCAUGAGUGGUUAAAACUACCUGAAUUAGACAUACCUGAAGAUCUCCCUCUAUCCGAUGCAGCAUUAGAGCUUGAUUUGUCCAAUAUCUCACCAUCAAAACUUUCAGACUUUUCACCCAGCAAACUGUCCGACAUUUCUGCUGUAUCACCUUCCAAAUUAUCGGACAUGUCUCCCCCAAAGUUGUUAGAUAUCUCACCAGCAAAAUCGUCCUCAAGUGAAUCAGUGAAGCGGCCAAGAGGUAGACCUCGGAAACGUCCGUUACUGGAUUUAGACAAAAGUGUGAAAACGUCAGGUAGUGUGAAAUUAACAUCAGGGAAAGUUGAUGAUUAUGAAUUUGAUACGCUAAUUCAAAGUGUGCAAGACUCUAUAAAGUCACAGUUCUCACCACAGAUCGAUCAGGAAAUUCAGGACAAGGUAGAAGAUGAUUUGGAAACAAUUGAGCCAACACUGGCACCAAUAUCUCUCUCACCGAUACCAAAUAGAUCUCCGAAGAUAGUUCCAAAAAUACGCAAACCAAAACUUCAUGUGAUGAUGCGAAAGCACAAAAAACGAGGAAGGAAAAAGCACAAACCUGUUGCAUCACACAAUACAACUGAGUUCAGCAGUAGAUUUUCAGCUUUAGGCUCAAAGUUCAAGCUUGCCAGUGCAAAGACAGCUCUAGGUUUUGUAGACAAAAGCAGUCAAAUGUUUACGUCAAGGAGUUCGCUGGACUCAAAUACUAGUGGCAGUGUGCAAAGUGGACCAACAUCACCAUGUAGAGAUUAUUUGCGGAAAAUCAGAUUCCAAGCAAAACAGAGAAGAAAAAAGAUCCUUUUCUUCAAGUCCAAACACAAAAAUAUUGUUGAUCCAAUGUUUUUGUCAGAUUUGGAAUAUGUUGUGAACAAUUUUCAUUGCUUAGCCAUAUCUGACCGUGAGGAGACCUUCAUCCGUGUGAAACCUGGAGAAGUGCCAUUACCUAGUAUAUUCAAACUCACAAAAAUCAAUGUAAAACCUAAGAAAAAAGACCAAAGGUUGCUAGGAGGAUUUGUGGAAAUGGAGCGUGAAAAACCAAAAAAGCUGAAAAGCAGGAAAGAAUUUGAAUUCAUCGAAAAGUGGCUUGCGAAAGAAAAACUUAAAAAUGUAAGGAAGAAAAGUUUCUCUAUGGAUGACAAACUUCCAUCUCCUACAGACAUCAGCAUCAACAGUCAGCAAUGUUUGCCCCCAAAGAAGCGACACAAAUUGUUCUCUGCAUCACAGACCAGUGCUGUCAUGCAGCAUCAGAACUCGAUUCAAAAGCAGGUAGUCAAUGCAGAGACCCCAAAUCCCCUUAAACCUCCAGAAAAGAGAAAGCCUGGCAGACCCAGAAAGACACCAUUGCCUCCUGUACUAUCCACAACAGAUGCUUGUCAGAAGAAAACUUCAGAACAUCACACAGUGCCUGCCAAGCAGGGUGCAGUACCUGGUGCAAAGCGUGGUAGGAAGCCAAAGGUAGUGGUUGAAGCUCAGCAACUUGCCAACACUUUAAAUUCAUCUGAGACACAUCAGAGCGUUACCAGUGUGAACACAGAGGUCUGUACUACAAACUCUACCAAUCAUGUGACAGAUCAAAGUUGUGUUGAACCAAAAAACAUAUCUGAACAAAGUUUAAAUUCAUGUCAUGUACAAGAUCAACCCAAUGUGCGUUUUGAAGAGUCGGUUAAUUUUGACAAUGACAAGGGUAAGGGUUCAUCGUGCACCCAAUGUAGUCAGCUACAGGCGACUGUCCCGCAACCAAAACGACGGGGUCGCAAACCAAAAUAUGCUCGUGUUGAAUCAAAUUCUAGUCCCAAUACCAGCAAUGCAGCUGCCUCUGCAAAAUUUUCUACUAAUUCUUCUGUGGCAGGAAGAAUAAAGAAAAUUUUGCUUCAAAAAGGCAGGCGUAUAGUGGGUAAAGUUGGAAGACCCAGAACUAAACAUCUCACGGACAAUGGUAGUAAGAACGAUACAAAUGCUACAUGUGUGCAAAAAAAGCGUGGACGUUUUACAAAAAUUAUACAUAGAAAAAAAUCUCAUUCUCGGUUAAAGGAUAGUGAUGUUGUCUCUCCUUCGGAUAAGAGGGUUGAUAGUGCUAAUUCUCAGGAGGACAAUGUUGCUGAAUGCAAGUCUGUGGACACAGUAGAGGCUACAAUUGAUUCUGUGAUAAGGUCUGUGAGCUCGGAGUAUGAACCUCUGCCGCCACCAAAACAACUUCAAGAUGGUGCAACAGACAAAGUAGUUGAUAGCUUUAAGGAACCAAAGAGAAAAGGGAAGAAGAAGCGUGGGUUUAGAAAAGCAGAUGUUGGGAAUGUAUCAGAUUUGGAGACACCAGAGGACGGGGCUGCAGGGAAGAAAAAAGAAUGCCCCCAAUUGCCAAAGAAAAAAUACCAGAAAGCAGGACUGUUCUCAGAUCAGUACAAAGAAGAAGAGCCGAAGAAGAAAUCUGUGGAGCCUGCGUCUCGGACCAAAGAAAAGCUUUCCAAGAAGGAAGAUCCAGUGACCAAGUACAAGAAAAUAAGAAACAAUGUACAUGAUGAUAUUAAGCCUGUGUGCCCAUAUGAGACCCAUUCAUGCAACUGCAAGUGUCGAGAGAAUGAAGAAGUCCUUGGCUGUGGCGACGACUGCAUCAACAGACUAAUCUACACUGAGUGCAAUCCCCUUACCUGUCCCUGUGGAGACCGAUGUUCCAAUCAAAAGAUCCAAAAACAUGAAUGGGUGUCCGGUCUCAAGAAGUUCACUACUGAGGAUAGAGGGUGUGGGGUGAAGACCCUUGAAUCUAUACAUACAGGUCAAUUUAUCCUGGAGUAUCUCGGAGAGGUUGUGAGUGAACAGGAAUUUCGGCGCCGCAUGACUGAAAACUACUCACAGGAACGUCACCACUACUGUCUCAACCUGGACAGUGGAGCUCUCAUUGAUGGUUACAGGAUGGGCAACAUCGGCCGCUUUGUCAACCACUCAUGUGAACCCAACUGUGAGAUGCAGAAAUGGAAUGUGAACGGGUACUACCGCAUGGCUCUGUUUGCCCUGAAGGACAUACCGGAAGGAACGGAACUCAGCUACGACUACAACUUUCACUCCUUCAAUAUGGACUCACAGCAAAUCUGUAAGUGCGGGAGUGAGAAGUGUCGUGGAGUCAUUGGGGGUAAAACUCAGAGACUCAACGGCCAGAGCAAGGAAAAGGCUACACCUCAGAGACCUGUUGGCCGUCCUCCUAAAGAUAAACGCAAGUCUAAAAAUAGACUCAAGAAAUUUAGAGAAAAGCAACGACUGGCACAGGAACAGAGUGCUACCAUUUUCCCUACCAUUAAACCUAUGUCCCAUACAGAAAGAUGUAAGGCCCGGAAGCACAGUAUUUUUCUGGUGCGGAAUAUUGAUAGAGUACGACAGCUUCGCAGUAGAGUCUCAAGCUCCCUCAACAAGGAUGGAGAAUUUACAAAGUCUGUGGGUUUUAGCAAAACAGAUGUAUUCAUCACACAACUGACGGCACUGAAAACAUCACGGUCUGUAAGAACAAGACGUCUUGCCCUGGCAGAGGAGAAUAGCGAACUUACCCAAACAGCAAGAUUGGCACAAGUGUUCAACAACAUCAGGAAAGCUGUUGUUGGUUACCGAGAUGAAGAUGCAAAAGAGCUAUCUGCCCAACUUAGUCUGCCAUCUAAGAAGAAACAUCCAGAAUACUACAAUGUCAUCGAGAGUCCCAUUGACUUCCAUAUGAUAGAACGAAACAUUUGCAGUGGACAGUACAACUCACUGGAAGCCUUCGAUAAAGACAUGAACAGGCUCUUCAGAAAUGCUGAGAGGUACUGUGGACGAUCAUCAUGGAUGGGACUUCUGGUGCUGAAGCUGAGGAAGGUGUAUUUAAAAGCCAAGGCCGAGGCCCUGCCCCUGCUGGAGGAUGUGUUGGGAGAAGGCAAUGUCCAGGCUUUAACCGAGAUAGAGACCAACGAGGGCACGGACAACAUGGAUUCCAUGGAGGAGGAGGAAGAAGAAGAGGUGAUCCGAUGUAUCUGUGGAAUUUACAGAGAUGAAGGACUCAUGAUUCAGUGUGAAAAAUGUUUUAUCUGGCAACACUGUGACUGUAUGAAGGUAGCUGGGGAUGUAGAGAACUACCUGUGUGAACUUUGUAACUACAGACCCGUCGAAAGAGAAAUCCUGGCUGAUCCCCAGCCGGAUGAUGCUACGCCAGGCUGGGUAUAUUACAUGACUCUGAUGAGAGAUGAGCUCCAGAUCCGUGUGGGUGACUGUGUCUAUGUGAUACGGGACUUGCCAGAAAAAGUUGGGGUAGAAAUUGACUCAGUGAAAACAUCACAGAAACUUGUGUCAGAAAUCGGAAAGGACAAGCUGGAUAUUUUCCGCAUUGAAAGACUGUGGAAAGACGAAAAAGGUGACAAGUUUGCAUUUGGACACCAUUACUACCACCCGUAUGAGACAUUCCAUGAACCAUCUAGAAAGUUCUUCUCAAACGAGGUCUUUCGCGUACCUAUCUACGAGAUAGUUGCUUUUGGCAGCAUAGUGGGAGGAUGCUGUGUGGUUGACCUGAACACCUUCUGUAAAGGUCGACCGAAGGGCAUUCGUGACCAGGAUAUCUACAUCUGUGAAUACAGACUGGACAAGACCGCUCAUCUCUUCUACAAGAUAUCCAAACAUCCAUAUCCAAUUAACACCAAGUCGUACUGCUUUGACAAGUAUGAGAAGCGACUAAUGCCGAAGAGGAAUUAUUCUCCGCAUGAGGUUCCUCAGGCUUACAAAAGACGUGGCCCUGGAGAGAGCAAGGGUCUAGACAUGAAUGGCUCCACCUCAGAUGCUCCAAAGAAACGGCGCACCAGACGUCCUUGUCUGCAAUCCAAAGAUGAUGACGAGGAGAAGCUACUGAUCCGAAUUCAGGCACAAAAGGUAGAGAUCAAAGAUAAAAAAGAACAGAAAGAGAGAUUGAAUAAGGUUAUGUUGAAGCUUCUAUCUGCUGUCCCAGCCAAACAGCGACUGGACUUGUCCUACCUCUUGGAGGAGAAGCGGCAUCGCAAGAAACCUCAAAUGCAUGACGUUUAAUUAGGUGUGCCGUGUGUAAAAUCUCAUAUAUGUCGCAUCUGAUUUAUAUUUCAUCAUUUUGCAUGUCAUGUCCAAAAUUACUUAUUGACAUGACAUAAAAGAAAUGAUAAUAAGAAAAGGUUGUAAUUCAAUCCGGCAAUGAAAGGUGAAAGUCCUGAGGACAUAGUAAGAUUCUACAGAAUAGGUAACUGUUUAUUACCCAAGAAGAAAAUCCAAAAGUGUUAUACAGUGAUAUUCGCUGGAAAAAUAAGAAUUGAUGAUUCAUGUUUAUGGAUAAGUAGUUGUUGUCAUAUUGAAUAUGAUGAUAAGUGUUAAAUGGUCUCUCGGAAUUAACAAGACUUACAAAAUGUGAGGCAAGAAAAGGUCUCACUAAAUUUACAAGAUCUACCAAACAUGAGGCAAGAAAAGUAGUUUAACUUACUUUUCUGUAUGGUCUUACACUGAACACCAUUCAAUGUUUGUUCUGUGUUAAGAAUAUUUGUUAAAGAUGAAAAAAAAUGCAGAAAUUCUUUUGAACAUUAAAUGUUCAGAUUUGAUGAAGUGGAAAAGUGUUCAAGGAUGAAAAUUGGAAUUUGAAUUUAGGCAAUAAUGUCUAUGGCCAUAUCAUCAGCGGUGCUGUGCUUACCACAAUGUAUAUACUUGUGCCAUAUACUUGUAGAUUUGGGGUGAUUUUUGUGCAGAGAAUGGUAUGCGUGCAAGUCUCUGCUUACAAAAUGCAAUAUUUAGCUACGCAUCAACAUUUAUUUUAGAAACUGUGAUAAUGUAAAGGUUGAUUUGAUGAAGGUACAAUGGCUUGACAUCUUCUUUUAUGGCAUAAUAUUACUGUUGAAUGGAUCUGACAUGUUCGGCUGAUCUCGCAGAAACCAAGGAUCUCAACACCCCUUGGGAUUUUUAGGGCAAUAUCAAGAUCAUCAGGGGUCACAAAGGACAUUGGAGAUUUCAAGGUUAAUGAGGACUUCCUUCAAGGUCAUCCAAGAUCUCAAGGUCAUCAUGGUUUGAAGGUCACAAGGGAUCUCAAGGCUGAGAGGGAUUUUAUGUAUAACAUGUUCUUUCAUUGAAAGUAUUGAAUGUUCCACAAAUGGCACAAAUUUCAGUAUUACUGUUUAGUAGUAGGAUUGUAAUAUUUUUAUUUGCUGAAAAAAAAAUGGAAUAAGAAGCAUUCAUUAAAUAUCUGGUAUGUUUUUAUGAUCAUGUACCUUUUAACAAGUGGAUUUAAAGCAUAGGUAUUUCUGCAACCUUGAUUCUUUUGUAUUUUAAGCAAUUAUAUAUAUGUAUGUUUUAAAUAUUUGGUAGGCAAUUUGUAAUUUGGAAACCUGUAUUUUCAAAAUUGUAUACAAGAAACUUUUUAAACAGAUAUAAAAAAAAACUCUUUUAGAUCAAGUGAACUGUUUUUAGUGUUUUGAACAAUGUGUAUGUCAUUUCGUGGAAUUGCCAUGAUCUUUUUAAGUAAAUGAUUUAGAUGUAUUUGUUAGUUUUAUACAAUUUUAAGGUAACAGUUGUCUUUUAAAACUAGAAAAUUCCAUUAUUGAUGGAAAUCUACAGUUCAAAUGGUUGUUCAGUCAUGAUAUUUUACCAACAAAAAUAUGUUGCUUGCCAGUUUGAAUGCAUUUUCAGAAAAUUUCUUUUAAAAGAUAAAAUGAAAAUCAAUUUAGGUUCUUAUUAAAAAAACAAAUAAAUCUAAACCGUCACAUUGACAUGGUGCAUUCGGAAAUGCUGAUUUUUUUUUUUUAUUUAAAAAAAAAAAAAGCGUAAGAAUUAUAACACAAUGAUCCUAUAUCAGGUAAAUUAAAAUGAUUAAAGAAUGGGAUGAAUUAUUCUUCAAAUUAUGGCUAAAAAGAAUCUCAUUGUAAAAAUAUAUGUAAUAUAUAGCUUGUGUAUUUAAACAAUGGUACGUCUCCAAGUGUAAUCACCAAGCACAGGUAAAUAUGUAAUACCCCACCCAAUACAGGUACCUUUGUUAUUGAGUAAGGCAUUGGUUGUGGUAGAUUUUACAGAGGCAGCUACUCACUAUAAUAAGUGUAUAUAUAUAUAUAUAUGUAUCAACAGGCAGAUGCAUACACUCAUGUAAUCUAUAUAUAGCCUAUGUCACAACUUGAACGUGGGGGGAUAGUUUCAUCCAUGUAAAUGCAAAACUACCUGUAUUACUGAAACAAUAGUAACAUUUGUAAUUUGUGACGGAAAUAACUUCUUUGGAAAAAAUUAUAUACAUUUAAUCUCUGGAUAUCUUUACUGUUCAAAGUAAAACAUCAAGUAAAUAAUAUCAUCUGCAGUGUUAACCAAGAUAUCUAUUCAAGCGAAUUAUGAAGUCAGCAUUUAAAUGGCAGUAGUGAUACAUGUCAGCUAUGUGGUGAAUUGAUCUUGCCUGAAACUAUUUUUAUGUAGAAAGUAAAUUUUGUUUAUGAAAUAUGUUGAAAACUUGCUGAAGUUUAAUAAUUACCAAUUGAAAAGAAACACAAUAUUUAGUUAAUUGAGCAUUUUUAAAUUUAUAUUUUUUAAAGCAAUACAAAAAAUUGUACACUUGAAUUUAAAGCUUAGAUACCAAAGAUGGUUUAUUUAGUAUUUUAUAGGCACUUUCUAAUGUCAAACUCAGGUUUAGUUUUUUUUAUAUAAGAAUAACAGCAUUUAAAAAGUAGUAGAAAUUGGAAUCGUGUGUGACUGGGGAUAAAACAAGAGCAAAAUGUUGGGGUUAAUUUUUGGUUAUCUAUGUUAGCUAUAACUAAACAAAAACACAGAAAAAGACAUUUAAAAAUCAAUUACACAAACAAAAAGUACAUUGUAGUAUGUUUUCAGAUAUUAGCAUUCUCUGUGGCCUGCAAAAAUAGAUCAACUCUGUUUGCUAUACAUAUUGUCAAAUUUAACCAAAGUGUUAAAAGUUGUAGACGAAUUUGUGAUAAUAGUAAGAACAUAUGCAAAAGUUUUUUUUGUUUGUUGGUUUUUUGUUCUGUUACUUUUCAUUACUUCUACAAUAGAGAUUAUUGUAAUAUAGAUGUAUAAAUUCACGCGUGUUAAACGUUCUGAGGUGUACCGAGGAUAAACAAGGGAACCUUGUAAGUUAAGAUAUUUUGGUUUGUGUGUACAAUAUAAUAUAACCUUGAAUGUCCGGAAAGUUUAAUAGGGUUUUGUGUACAGUGGAAGUUAAGAUAUUUGGUUUAUGUGAACAGUGGAAUCUUGUGAAAGACGUUUUGGGUCAGGGAACAUAAUCACCCGGGCUUUCUACUACAAUAGAACUUUACCAAAGUAUUAGUUGAGAUAACAUAAUGGGAUCAGUCAGGACAUCUAGGAUUUUGUAUACAGUUGACCCUGUUUAAUCCAGACUAUUUUUUAUUAGAAAGAAAAUGCUUCAGGACCUAGGCAUUCUUGGUGUUUAGCUGGGAAAAAGGGUAAUUCAGAGGUAAUUACAGAAAAUACAAAAAGUUCCUUAAUUUUUAGAUAUCUCUCGCUAAAUUGGUGUUUAAAAGAAUUGAGCCCAAGAUAUCAGUUUUUACAAUAAAUGCACCAAAAUUGUUUUUAAUUACAUUUUAUAUAUGUAUUUAUAUGGAUUAACAGGAUUAAACCCAGGACAUACAUUCAUAAAAUGUAUGCUAUAUAUUACAACAUUUGUAUGUGUUACAUUGACAGCUAUUAUUCGGUUUUAUUUAUCGUAAUUCAUACUGUUUGUGCAAAUACAUGGUAUUUAUUUCAGAUAUACCAUAUUUAAAAGCAUAUUUAGAUAAAUUUUUGUGAGGAAUAUAAAUUUUCUGUGAGUUUGUAAAGUAAAUUUUGGUAUUGAAGCCAAGACAAUUUUGUAAUUUAAAGAAUUCCGUUUUCUGUAACAAAUCUGUUGUCUGGACAAGUCAAUACCGAAGAACCGAAGGAAGGUGUAGUAUAAUUCAUAUAGUGGAUCAAAAUACAAUAACCAAAUCAUCAGUAGUUCAUCUAUGCAAAUAUCAUUGUUUCCCUGUUUUUUGUUUUGGAGUCUUUGAUGAUUAUUGAUAUUUGUGAAGCCUUGACGAUACAGCUUUUGACUUUGUAGUUAUGUAUAUAUAUAUUGUUAUCUACUGCACCACAUUGGAUAUUAAUAACACCAGUCAUUGUACAGGAGUUUAUAUAAUUGUGCAAACCAUACCAGUUAAAUCAUCCCUGUAGUUCUGUAUAUAACUAGGCAGCAGCUCUGUAGUGUUAAUUUAUAUGCCUGACCAUUGGGGAUAAGAUCGCUGAAUCAAAUUUUUCAUCCUUGUCAACUAUCGUUGUUGUAACAUUUUUUUUGUUGGUGUAUAUUUUAACUUCAUGUCCGAGUAUCAAAUACUCUAAUGGGGCAAAUUUUUGUGUAUAUAUUCAGACCCCAUUCCAUGUAAAUAUAUAAAUAAGUUUUAAUCAUUGAAUUAUCUUCCUGUUCAUAUUGCAGCAGCAUUCAUUUGAACUUGUUCUCUCAUUGAUUGGCAAUGUGUAUUGUGGUUCUUAUAUAUGUUCUGUAGAAAAUAAAUUUAAUUUAAUGUAUUCGUGUAAAUAAUCUUAAAAUAAACCUGUAUGAUUUUACGGCUGCCAUUUGUCAGUAUAUACAAACGUUCAUACAAAUUUUUUCAUCUUAGGUUGUUUUUGAUCACUAUUUAUAACCAAUUACUGGGUAGAACCAUUUUAUAAUUUUCUCCCCUUUGUUUCCGACAUAUUUUUACAUUUGAUCAAUUUUAUUAUAUACUGGUCAUUCAUUUUACAUUAUCUCCCUUUUUGAACAAAGUGCAUUAUUGUGCCACCACUAUUGAAUCCAUGUCAUGUUGAUGCUUGUUCUCCAUAGUAACGUGUGUGUUUUGGUUUGGCCUACCAUGAUUAUAAUUACGUACAAUGUUGUUCUUUGCUUGCUUUUUGUAACAAAAUUGAAAAUCACUUGCUUCAAUAAUGAAAUUGUGUAGAAAUUCUCUGAAUGAAAUUUGUACAAACAUCAAAUUUUGAUCAUGUUUCAUAUUUGAAAAUGAAAUCUGUAUUUUUGUCUGUCCCCGGAACUUACAAGUUUUUAAGAGUUGUAUGUGAUUGUAGUACACAUACAUGUAUUCCCAGUUAUAUAAAGUUACAUGUGUCGUAUAAUGUUAAAACCCGAGUAUGACGCCACAUGGUUCGUUACUGUUGCUUAUAUUUAAGUCACAUACCAAAAAUUGACAAGGAUGUGACAAUAAAAAAUCAAACCUUAA